AUGGAUUUUGUGCAGGGCCUCGACCCCUCCAAGCUUGUGUUGGCUGGAACGGCCGUGUCUUUCUUUUCAAGUCUGUUUGUAUCACCAGCUUACAACUUCCCUCUCUUCCUCUUCGGCAUUUAUGCCCAGGAAAACAAUACAGAGGCUUCCCAAUCUCUUCCAACAUUUACCGGCUUCCUGGGUGUCUCAGCCUUGUUCGACAUCAUAUGGAUGCUCAAAAGCGAGCAAAAUGGCUGGGCUAAGUUCUUGACGUUCUCUCUGCUUAUCCUCAAGAUCCCCACUUUCUUUGUGUUUGCAAGUGCAACACGUCAACGAGGGGGUCAAUUUGGCAAUCUAGGUCCUAACCUUGGUGGUGCCACAGUUUGGUCAAUGCCCGGCGGGUUUACAUCGGGCGGGCGAGACGGUUACCAGACAGUCGAGGACGAUAAUUUCAUACGCGGCACCCGACCACCUGCCAACAACAUUGUAUCUUCACAAGGCGCGCCGCCUGCAGCAGCUGGCGCGUAUCAAACUGUUUAG